AUGGCUAAGGAAGAGAAUUAUGAAGUGAGGAAUAUUAAAUGGUUAACAAUAAGUGAAUUUAGUAUUCCCAAGGCUGAGGAAAAGAUUGAUGAAUUUAUAAAGACAUGGGAAUAUCAAGAUAGUUGGUUAUCCUGUGUAGAUUUCCUGGGGAAAGAUGACCAUGACUUUGAUCACCGUUAUCGUUUCCGAGUACGAUGGAGUAUACCAACUAGAAGAAAACCAGUACCUAGAGCCACAGCUUGUGUUUAUUUCACUUUCGUUGUUUCCAAAAUUAAACCUCAGGAUCAUGUAGUUGAUGUUUUUUAUGUUUUUGAAACCAACAGACUUGUACACAGACCAGGCCAGUCAAGAUUUCGUGAGAAAUGGUUAAAAGAUAUUAUAGAAAAUAAAGUCAUGAUGAUGUCAACUGUUGUAUUUUAA